ACGUAUGUAUAUUUUGUUUCUUCAGCUAAAGAAAGUUCUUAAGAAGAAGUAAUCUUGAAGAUUAAUAAGGAAAUUCGGGAAAUUCCAUUACAAAUGGAGAAUGAAGACGUUAAGAAGGAAUUUACCAGCUCCACCAUUUUGUGUCGCCUUUGCUUGAUCCAAAACUCAUCAUACAGGAACGUUUUUAACGAUGAUGAUCAGGAGAUAAUUUCCUCCUUAAGGAAUCUCAUUGGAAUCUCAAUUGAUCCUGCUGAUAAUUGGCCCAAAACCAUCUGCACGAGAUGCAUGAACAGGAUUGAAGACUUCCAGGAAUUCCAGAGGACAGCCCACGAAAGUGCCGGACGUCUGAGAAGAGUCUUCGGGGAGGCGCAUAGUGAAGAAAAGAAGGACAUUACCCUGCAUAUUGGAACAGCUGUGUUCCUUUCAUCGGGAACCGGUGAAGAGGUCAAGGAUGAAGGAUUACUGAAGGAUCCCAUAAAAGAAGAAGACACUGAUGCCAGCAGCGAUGAAAGUAAUCGUCCUUUUGAUGCAGAAGACGUUGAAGUAAAGAAUGAAGAAGAUGAAGAAAAGCCAGGAGAUUCCAUAAAGCGUCUUUUAAGGAGUUCAAAAAGAUUAUCAAAGACUCCUCCGCGAGAACAGUUAAAGCAUGGAGAAUUAAAAAAACGUGGCAGGAAACGGAAGACAACGCUGGAGGCAACGGAAGGAUUGAAGGAGGAGCCAUCUCCGAAGGUAGAAGCCGCAACAAAAUCCAAAGUAAAAUAUCGCGACAGGAAGCGUAAGAUGGUUGUUAGUGAGGAGGUCGAUGCAGCCAUUCAUACCUUUUAUAAAAUGGAAUGUGAACUGUGUCAUGUACAGUAUGUACGUUUUGCUGAUCUCCAAAAGCACUUCCGGAUUGAGCAUUUGCGUCGUGGGUAUGUUGUAUGCUGCGGAAAGAAGCUUAACUCCCCCAAGAAGCUACAGAUCCACAUGAAUAACCACAAGAGCCCGUCAAAGCACGAAUGCACAUUGUGUCAGAAGAACUACAAGAGUGAAGAUACCCUGUUGAUGCAUAAGAAGUUGCAGCAUACUCCCAUGGAGGAGCGAAAGUUCAGCUGUGAUAUAUGCCAGCGACGUUUUGCCCUGGUCGGUGCGCUACGGCGGCAUAUGAUUGUCCACGUUGCGAAGGAAGAUAAGAAGCAUGUCUGUAAGACGUGUGGACAGGCCUUUGCUCUUGCCAACAUGCUCGUAAGUCACAUACGCCGCGUCCAUGAGAAUGCGUGCAUUUCCAUAUGCGACAUUUGCGCCAAGGUGUACAGGCAUAAGUAUCUCUUUGAGAAGCACAUGAUGGAGCACAGAAAUGAAUUGAAGCCAAAUGUCCCCUGUCCAGUCUGUGGGAAACUCUUCACCUAUCGCCUGGCAAUGAAGCGUCAUCUACGGCGGCAUAACACUUCCGGUUCCCUGGAAUGCCACAUCUGUCGUCAUGUAUCUGCUAAUCAGCAGGCACUGCGGGAACACAUAAAGCUCAAUCAUAUGGAGAGGAAACUCUAUGAAUGCAGCCUCUGUGAAAGGAUCUUCAGGACGAGGAAAGCUCUGAAGGAACAUAUGGCCUCCCACACGGGAAAGUUUCUCUAUGAAUGUGCCUACUGUGCGAAGCAAUUCAACAAUAAUGCCAACUACUACAGCCACAAGAAAAACGUUCAUCCUGUUGAGUGGCAAGCUGAGAGGGAGAAGAGACUUGCAGCCCAGCCAUAUCAGAAGGCAGCCGUUGCUAAAGAUCAGACGCAGGAAACAACACAGGAAUGAACUACUAAUGAAGCUCCUAAUUGCUCCUACUAACUGGUCUUUAAAACAAAAAAUUGAAUUAUAAAAUUCUAACUAAAAUGAAUAAAGUGAAUAAGUCCUUAA